GUCAUUGUCCACACAGCACUGAGAGCGGAGCGGCUCCUCCAUGCUGCUCUUAUCUUUCUGUGUCCGAAACCUGUUCCGUUUUUCUUCUUAAACGCACAAAUCUGCAGGGCAGUACAACAGCAGAGGACUACUGAAUUAUGAAGCAGUGUUCCAGUGGACCCUCCCUCUCGAGCUCUAGUUACCACACUCAAUGCUGCUCCCAGGCUCAUCGGUUUUGCUGUUGGUAGCUCUUUGGCUGGGUCUAUCAGAAAGAAGAAAAGGAGAGUUCACAAUUCAUAUCAGCUGUUGUCUGGGCACAUAUGGUGCAUUGCUGCCAUUCCCAAGCCUGCAUCCCCAAGGCUCAGCCUCUUGCUAGCCUGCAGUGCACAUAGGAUCUGGCCUCAAAUUGGAUAUUAAUACAUUUAGUGAGUUUUUUUUUUUUGUGUUUGGUUGUUUGAUUUUGAGGAAGGCGUGGCAUCAGGCAUUAAAGAACUUGUUUAGUUUUUCACCCCACUGCCUCUGAGGUGGUGGUAGAACGACGUACGCCAUGGAGCCCAAUAUGGAGUACUGUUUGGCACAAGUGCUACAGAAGGAUGUGGGCCGGAGGCUGCAGGUGGGUCAGGAGCUCAUCGACUACAUCAGUGACAGGGACAAGUCCCAUGAUCUGGAGCAGGACCAGACCGCGCUAGAUAAAAUGGUGGAUGGCCUUGCCACCUCCUGGGUCAACUCCAGCAACUUCAAGUUGGCUCUGCUGGGAAUGGACAUUUUGUCUGCUUUAGUGACGAGAUUGCAAGACCGUUUUCGGACCCAAGUUGGAACAGUUUUACCUAGCUUGAUUGAUCGGUUAGGUGAUGCCAAAGAUCAAGUCAGAGACCAGGACCAGACACUGCUGCUGAAGAUCAUGGACCAGGCUGCUAAUCCCCAGCAUGUUUGGGACAGAAUGCUGGGAGGAUUUAAACACAAAAACAACAGGACCAGGGAAGGAGUCUGUCUUUGUCUCAUUGCAACACUAAACACAUAUGGUGCCCAGGGCCUAACCCUUAGCAAAAUUGUACCACAUAUAUGUAAUCUGCUAGGAGACCCCACAAGUCAGGUGAGGGACAGUGCCAUGAAUUGCCUUGUGGAGAUAUAUAGACAUGUUGGAGAGAGGGUGAGGGUGGACCUCAGCAAAAAAGGAUUGCCACAAUCACGAUUGAAUGUAAUUUUCAGCAGAUUUGAUGAAGUCCAAAGAUCUGGGAACAUGAUCCUCUCUUCUGGCUCAGAUAAGAAUUUUGAUGAUGAGGACUCUGUGGACGGGGGCAGAUCUUCCUCCUCCUCCUCCUCUAAAGGCUUCUCCAGCAGCAGAAGAGGAGGCAGCAUGGGCUCCAUGAGACGCCCCAGCUCAGCCUCCGGGCCCAGGGCUGCAGGGAAGGAGGGAGCCAGUGCAGGAGCUGUUGAUGAGGAAGACUUUAUCAAGGCUUUUGAAGAUGUUCCUGCUGUGCAGAUCUAUUCCAGUAGGGAAUUGGAGGACUCUGUGACUAAGAUUCGUGAGGUGCUGUCAGAUGACAAACAUGACUGGGAGCACAGAGUUGCUGCUCUGAAGAAAGUGCGGUCACUGCUCCUGGCUGGAGCAACGGAACAUGAAGGUUUUCUUCAACAGCUCAGACUUUUGGAAGGUGCCUUCAAGCUCUCUGCAAAAGACUUGCGAUCACAAGUCGUCCGGGAGGCAUGCAUCACCCUUGGGCAUCUUUCCUCAGUGUUGGGGAACAAAUUUGACCACGGAGCAGAGACUAUAAUGCCCACACUGCUUAAUCUUGUGCCCAACAGCGCCAAAGUCAUGGCCACAUCAGGCGUGGCCGCCAUCCGCCUCAUCUUACGACAUACGCACUAUCCUCGUCUCAUCCCUAUAAUCACCAGUAACUGUACAUCCAAAUCAGUGGCUGUUCGAAGACGGUGUUAUGAAUUUUUAGACCUGUUAUUGCAGGAAUGGCAGACAAAUACAUUAGAGAGGCAUGUUGCAGUUCUCACAGAGACCAUCAAAAAAGGGAUUCAUGAUGCUGAUUCGGAGGCCAGAUCUGUAGCAAGAAAGUGUUACUGGGGAUUCCAUGGGCACUACAGCCGAGAGGCGGAGCACCUGUUUCAGGCUCUCGAGUUGACCUAUCAGAAAGCCCUCCAGUCUCACUUGAAGAGUUCUGACAGCAUAGUGUCGCUGCCUCAGUCAGACCGUUCCUCUUCCAGCUCACAGGAGAGCCUCAAUCGGCCGCUGUCUGUGAAGAGCGUUAUAGGAGGCAGCAUGACCAGAAGUAAGGUUGUGAGCUCCAGAGUUCCCUCCACGCCCGGGUCCCUCCAGCGUUCUCGCAGCGACAUCGAUGUGAAUGCUGCUGCCAGUGCCAAGUCCCGCAUGUCCACCACACCUUCACCUUCCCCUUUCAGCUCUGCCGCAGCCCUGCCUCCAGGAUCCUAUGCCUCCCUGGGUCGUGUGCGCACAAGACGGCAGAGCUCUGGCAGUGCUGUUGGUUCUAACACUACAGUAACGGACAGCCGAGGCCGAAGCAGAGCUAAAGUGGUGUCUCAGUCUCAGCGAUCCAGAUCAGCUAACCCCACUGGUGCUGGUAGCCGUUCCAGCUCCCCUGGAAAGCUCCUGGGACACACAUAUGGCAGAAUCCCACGGGCUACUGCCAUGGCUACACCAACUGACAAGCGCACAAGGGUCCCAAGAAGCCAGGGCUGCAGCCGAGAGACCAGCCCUAGUAGGCUGGGCUUAGCCAGGCUGUGUGGUAAAGCUCUUCUUCCUGCUGCUUCUCCUUACCGCACGCUAGCCCGGAGCAGCCGCAUCCCCCGCCCCAGCAUGAGUCAGGGGUGCAGCCGUGACACCAGUCGCGAGAGCAGCCGUGAUACCAGCCCCGCUCGGGGCUUCACUCCUCUGGAUCGGUUUGGGCUAAUCCACCAGGCCCGUAUUUCUGCCUCUGUCAAUGCCAUGAGAGUUCUGAACACAGGGACAGAGGUUGAAGCUGCUGUAGCUGAUGCACUGCUGUUAGGAGACUCCAGGAAUAAGCGCAAGCCUAUGAGGCGGCGGUAUGAGUCUCCAGGGAUGUAUUCAGAUGAUGAUGCCAACAGUGAUGCAUCCAGUGCUUGUUCUGAGCGCUCGUAUGGCUCACGGAAUGGUGGUAUCCCGCACUACCUACGACAGACGGAGGAUGUUGCAGAGGUGUUGAACCACUGUGCCAGCUCCAAUUGGUCUGAGAGGAAGGAGGGUCUUCUGGGCCUGCAGAACUUGCUCAAAAGCCAACGUGUUCUUAGCCGAGUGGAGCUGAAAAGAUUAUGUGAGAUCUUCACCAGGAUGUUUGCAGAUCCUCACAGCAAGAGAGUGUUCAGCAUGUUCCUGGAGACUCUAGUAGACUUCAUCACUGUUCACAGAGAGGAUCUGCAGGACUGGCUUUUUGUCCUUCUCACCCAGCUACUUAAGAAGAUGGGAGCUGAUCUCUUGGGCUCAGUUCAGGCUAAAGUGCAGAAAGCUCUGGAUGUCACUCGUGAGUCUUUCCCAUUUGACCAGCAAUUUAACAUCCUUAUGAGGUUCAUUGUUGAUCAAACUCAAACUCCCAAUUUGAAGGUGAAAGUGGCUAUCCUGAAGUAUAUUGAGUCUUUGGCAAGGCAGAUGGACCCUGCAGACUUUGUGAAUUCUAGCGAGACAAGAUUAGCUGUGUCCCGUAUCAUCACCUGGACCACAGAACCCAAAAGCUCUGAUGUCAGAAAGACCCUUCAUAACUGGGCGAGUGAGGACUUUUCAGGCAGGCCCAGCACUACAGCCCUGCUGCCUGGAGAGAGUAACCUGGAGGAAAGGUGCAAGCAGGCUGCCCAGGUGGUGCUGAUCUCUCUCUUUGAGCUGAACACGCCUGAGUUCACCAUGCUCCUGGGAGCUCUGCCCAAGACAUUUCAGGAUGGAGCCACCAAGCUCCUUCACAGCCACCUGAAGAACUCCAGCAACACCAGUGGAGUGAGUUCCCCAAGCAGCACAAUGGGGCGUACACAACCCAGGCACCCAUCCAGCAGGACCAGCCCCCUCACUUCCCCCACAAACUGCUCCCACAGUGGUCUUUCACCCAGUCGAUUGUGGGGUUGGAGUGUCGAUGGGUUCUCAAAGCACCCAGCUCCCCCUCCUCCUCCGUCUCACCCCUCAGUCCCUGCCGCCCCCUCCCUCAGGGCCCUCCGCUGCGCACUGUCACCCAGUAUGUUGGAGUUUGACACAGAGAAUAUGAACUCUGAUGAGAUCUAUAGUUCACUACGUGGUGUAACAGAAGCCAUCCAGAGCUUUAGCUACCGCAGCCAAGAAGAUCUCAAUGAACCAAUCAGACGUGAAUGCAAGAAGGAUGAUGCGGUUGGCAGGGAAGCAGCAUCUCCAGGCUCUGAUUCUCGGUUAGGUUUGGAUAUAGUCGAAGGAGGCCGCACUGCCUUGGAUAAUAAGACGUCCCUGCUCAACACGCCCUCUCCUCGUGCUUUUGCUGGGCCAAGGACACGCGAGUUUGCACCGUAUGGCUACGGAGACACCAUCGGAGGUUACGAUAAAAGUGCUCUGAAAGAGGCUGUGUUUGAUGAUGAUGUGGACCAGUUCCGUGAUUGCCGUCGGCAGGAGUGUGGUGAAAACAAGAUGGUGCUCCACAAGGGCUUUGCUCCUGAUCUGGUGGCAGACCUGUUGAAAGAGCUGUCCAACCACAACGAGCGAGUGGAAGAGAGAAAAGGGGCUCUAGUGGAGCUACUGAAGAUCACACGGGAGGACAGCAUGGCUGUGUGGGAUGAACACUUCAAAACCAUCCUGUUGCUGUUGCUAGAGACACUUGGAGACAAAGAUCACACCAUCCGGGCUCUGGCUCUGCGUGUCCUAAAGGAGAUCCUAAGGAGUCAGCCGGCCCGCUUUAAGAACUAUGCAGAACUCACAAUCAUGAAGACACUAGAAGCUCACAAAGACUCUCACAAGGAGGUUGUAAGGGCUGCUGAAGAGUCUGCCUCCACCCUAGCUGGUUCCAUCCAUCCAGAACAGUGCAUCAAGGUUCUGUGUCCGAUUGUACAGACCGCAGACUACCCCAUCAACUUGGCGGCUAUCAAAAUGCAAACUAAAGUCAUCGAACGCAUAGCCAAGGAAUCCCUCCAUCAACUGCUGCCAGACAUAAUUCCUGGACUCUUACAAGGCUACGACAACACCGAGAGCAGUGUUCGCAAGGCCAGUGUGUUCUGCCUGGUGGCCAUCUACUCUGUGAUCGGUGAGGAGCUCAAGCCCCACCUGGCACAGCUGACGGGCAGUAAGAUGAAGCUGCUGAACCUGUACAUCAAAAGAGCCCAGACCACCAACAGCAACAGCAGCAGCUCCUCUGAUGUGUCGUCCCACAGCUAACCCGAUUUUAGAGGACAUGCUCAUCAGUGCCCUGCAGUCACCAGUGGGAACUUAGUUGUGCCUCCUUCAGACCUCUUUGUUCCUCUUUAUUCUCUUGUUGUCUUCCUGGAUAUUUCCAGGGAAGACAUUUUGCCCAAUUUGAUUUUUGUUUCCUUUAUUUCUUUUCUGAAUGUAAAGAAAGUGUGAACUGAGAAAGAGAAAUGUUUUUCUUUUCCAGUGUGUUAUUAGGGAUCAGAUCCUCCUUGACUGGCAUCACCUUUUAGGUUAUUGUUUUUUUUUUGUUGUUGUUUUUGAAGCAUUGACUUUCUUCAUCUCUGAAGAAAUGAUUUAAGACUUGAUAUUUAAAGUUAAUAAUGUGGUCUUUUUUCAAAUCUAUAGUGUUUGCAAUACUUACAUUGUUGUUUGUUGCUUAAUGGAGUUUUACAAGAGCAUUUGGGGCGUUUUAAAUAGGGAACAGUUGUGUAGGUUGAGUACGUCACUUGAAUCUCAGUUAGUGGUAGAGGAUCAUUUGGCUGGCCGAGUGAUUUAAAUGUGAUCAUAAACAAGGAUAUAGAGUUGUUUUAAGGUUAAGGCAAAAUGACAACCAAAAAAUGUAAGACUAAAUGUAGAAAUUUAUUUGUAUCAAAAUGACAUGCCACCAGAUCUGCACACCUUACAACACAGAAAAUAUUGUGGAGAAACUUUUAUCUUUGAAUUUUAUGCUUUAUGUUCAUCAUUGAAGGCUGUGGAGUCUAAAGGCUGUUUAAAGUCUGUGGAUUUGAAUUAUUUUGAGUUGCUUUUCUUUAUAAAGAUAUGAAAUAGCUUUUUAGUUUUUAUGGUAAAUUAUGCCCAGAUGUAGUGGUACAAAACCACACGUGAGAACAAGGACAAGCUACUGGAUGAAGUAUGUUCCUAAUAGAGCCAUCCCAGGAUUUUGCAUAUCCAUUCACAAAAUUCAGCACAAAUUUUCUGCAGUCAGUGGCUCACGAUAUGUCAUAGCAGUUGAAUACUAGCCACUAUUACCGCGGCUAAUGUCCAGUCAAGUAGUGAAUGUGUUCGUGUGGAAAAAUAGCAAAUUUCAUCAGUAAAAUGAUGCUGUUUUUAAUUUCCUCGAAAAUCACAAGAGCCAUGUUAAACUAUUUAAUCACACUGAAAACUUCAUAUGACAUCCUUUAUGUCUAGAAGUGAAGCAAAUGCAAUCAAAGGACUGAUGUUCUGACCUGCUGAGAUCUGUUACAUUGGUACAUUCACAUUUUGCUAACAGCAGAUAUCCAAAAUACUAGUUUUAGUGUAUAUAUUCAACUUGAAUCAAUUUCUACAAAAUAAUAAUGAAAGCCACAGUGUAAAGAGCAUCACAGAAUCCUGGGUGGAACUAUAUUACAUGAACAGAGAUAUUAAAAGAAGCCCUCUUUGUUUUGAAAAAAUAAAAAGACAAUCUGAAAUCUAGAUCAGUGAAAAAGAUGUAAAGUUGUAGUGAUGGAAAAAAGAAUUUACGGGGUGUUACAAAAAUCAAAUUCAUUUCAGGCACAAAAGUUCACAGGUGCUUCACUUUGCAUUGGAAGAAAUGAGCGAAACUUGACAAGCAGGGAAGCAAACCUGAAACUCUGAAACUUCUGCUCUCAGUCUGUAUGUCCCUGAAUCACAGUGCCACUGAAUCCUAAACCAAGUCCAGAACUCUAAAAUCUGUAAUGAUCCUGCUGCUUACAAUAAAGCUUUGCGUAAAUACAUAGACUCUGUUGAACAUCCUACAAUUGACAGUGGUUUUGAGGGACACGUGGAUAGUGACAGAAAUGUCGAACACUACCAUGCCUUAUAUUCUCUUUUCUCAUAGUAUGUUUUGACCACUACGAUGGUUGCUAACGAGCGUGCACUCUGACUGAAAUGUGAAAAUGCGCUGUAGACGCAGUGCAUGUGUCCAUGGCGCCACGAAGUCCCUUGAAAUUGGCUCUCAAAGAAAUGAACUUUAAAUACCGUGUUACAUUGUCGACUGUCUAAACUUUUCACCUUUCCUUCUGCAGCUUUUGCUGUCAGAUGCUUUUUUUUGUACAUAAAUUUCCACCGUUGCUUUGCAGUUGUCACAAAGAAGAGCAAAAAUAUUUGGGUUUUGCACUCUUUUGCACGUUAGCAAGUAGCCUGCAUGUUUUGGAACUUGACCAUCUUGCGGUGCAGUGACUGGCCUUGUUGCUGUUUCAGAGAACUUGCCUCCUGAGAAGCGUGGUCAGUCUGUAAAUACAGUAUUAUUCUUUUCCCCACGAGAGGAGGCAGCUGAGCACAGAAAUUUUAACAGGGCUUAACCAGUCGACCAAAACUUCAUCCAUCUGUUUCUCCAUAAACAAAACCGUUGUACAAUUUGAGGGCAGGUGCUGAAGGCAUCCUAGUUUCCAUGUAGUACUACAUUUUGGGGCAUGUGGCUUUUACAAAGGUACACUACGUGUGCGUGCCUUGGUAGUAUGCAGCUUUUCUUUGUCAAGUGGCCAUGAACUGAUUCCAACCAUGGACCAUGCAAGACUCUUUAAUAUUGUUUGAACUGGGGCCAAUAGUAAAAGGAGCCAACUAUGAGGUUUAACACUGCAAGUAUUAGCUUUAAGUCCUUCUUGAUAAUCUGUGGAAAUGUGGGGGCCACAAAAAAGUAUUCCAGUUGUUCUCUGUGUGUUAUAACUUUGUUUUGUCAUUUACCGCUCAUAUCUGUAUUUAUACAUUUAUUUUCUUUUAUCACGACAGCUGUACAGUUGUUUGUUUUUUUUGUUUUUUUUUUCCUCCUUUCUUUUUAAGGGCCACCUGUGAUAGAUUUGCAACCUAAGUCUGUUUGCCCUAGAAAUAAACCAACCUGAAAGUUUA